AUGGGGAAUGUGGCGGAUUUCAAGGCGGAUUUUUCGAUUCGCAUCGACUCUCAACAGAGAAAUCCUUUCGCCGACGGAUUCUCCCUCUUUGCCAUUCCUUGGGCCUCGAGCAUGUUGAGCGACUUGGGAGGCCAUCUGGCUCUUCCCAAGGUCUCUUUUAUCUAUGUCGAAGUUGACCCUUUCGAGAAUCUCGGAGGUGCGGAUGUUCCACAUGUCGAUAUAGAUUCGAACGACCUUAGGUCCACGGCCAAUGUCACCGUCCCAUGGCUGACCAACACAAUCAUGAAUGGCGGGUCGGUUGAUGAUUCCAUAAAGUAUGACUCACGCGCGAGAAAUUUGAGCGAUGUCCUGAUGGAUGCUAUUGGGAAUUCCAGUAACUCAAUCAGUCUUCACUAUCCCCCCCCAUCAGCUUAA